UCUACUUGCCUCAACUACAUCAUGUUAUUUAUUGUAUUUGGUCCCAGGUAGUUGUUAUCUCUGGUAUGACCGGGUGCGGUAAAUCUACCCAGGUUCCUCAGUAUAUCCUAGAGGACUGGUUAGAGAACAAUUCCGCCCCUUGUAAUCUUGUCUGCACACAACCACGGCGGAUAUCCGCCAUAGGUGUGGCGGGGCGGGUGGCGGAGGAACGCUGUGAUAAUGUUGGAAACCUUGUAGGAUAUAAUAUUAGACUUGAGAGCAAACAAAGCAGUAAAACUAGACUUCUCUUCUGUACAACAGGAAUUCUUCUCAGAAGACUAGAGUCUGAUCCAACCCUUGGUGAGAUCACUCAUGUGAUCGUCGACGAGGUUCACGAGAGAAGCGAGGAAUCUGAUUUUCUUCUCAUGAUUCUUAGAGAUACCUUGCCUAAGAGACCUGAGUUAAAACUAGUCUUGAUGUCUGCCACCCUUAAUGCAGAUUUAUUCUCUUCCUACUUCACAAACUGUCCUGUUCUUGAAAUUCCAGGACGAACCUUCCCAGUCCAGCAGAUAUACCUGGAGCAGGCUCUGGAGUUAUCCAGGUACUCCUUGGAGGAGAACUCACCCUACGCCAGGAGGCAGGAGCGUAACCCUCUAGGAGGUCUAGAUAAGGAACUCUUCAAAGGGAACAGGCAGAUUUUAAAGGAUGCUGAUAUGGAUGAGCUGACAACUGAAAUGCUCCUAAAUGACGAGAACUUUAAACCUGCUCGUCCUAGAGAUCCGGAUGAAAAGUGCUCUACUAAACAAAUCUUUCAUAGAUACAGGGUUGAAAUGGGUUGGAGUGAGAGUGUUGCUAGAACUUUAGCUAUGAUGGAUACGGAGAAGAUAAACUUCGAGCUCAUCGAGCAUAUUCUUAAUUUCAUCGUAGAGGGAGGAAAUAGGGACCUUGUUCUUCCGCAGGAGGGAUCCAUACUUGUCUUCCUACCUGGAAUGGCUGAAAUCCAGACGCUACAUGAGAACCUUGCAUCACACCGUAAGUUUGGAAAGAGUGGUUUUAAGUUGGUCCCUCUCCACUCAUCAUUGACUAGUGAAGAACAGAACAUGGUGUUUGCAAAAACAAAACUAGAUCAGAGAAAGAUUGUGAUUUCUACCAACCUGGCAGAGACUAGUAUUACUAUUGAGGACUGCGUCUUUGUUCUGGAGGUUGGAAAAAUGAAGGAGCGAAGGUUUGCUCCGGAGAAGAAUAUGGAAAGCCUAGACACGGUCUGGGUAUCUCAAGCUAAUGCCAAACAAAGAAAAGGACGAGCAGGACGUGUUAGACCAGGAUACUGUUUCCAUCUCUAUACAGAGUAUAGAUAUGAAAACAAUUUCAGGACGGAUCCUGUUCCUGAGAUCCAGAGAAUCCCCCUUGAACAGAUGGUUCUACGGAUCAAAAUCCUACCCUGCUUCGCAAACCAGGAGGUUUCUCAAGUUCUCUCUAAUAUCCUGGAACCGCCUGCGCUCCAAGGAAUCACCUUAGCUAUAUCCCGUCUUCAAGAUGUUGGAGCCCUAGAUCCUAGAGUAGAUCUCACACCCCUAGGAUACCAUCUUGCUCAGCUUCCAGUAGAUGUCAGAGUAGGAAAAAUUCUUAUAUUUGGAGCUGUUUUUCGUUGUCUGGACUCCGCCUUAACUAUAGCUGCAGCUCUUAGCCACCGUUCUCCUUUCACAAACCCAUUUAAAGAUAGAGAAGCAGCGACUAAAGCACGAAAUCGGUUUGUUGCAUGUGCAAGUGAUCAAAUUACCGUAAUGCGUGCUUAUCUGGCUUGGUGCAAAGCUGCAGAGUCUGGUCAGCGCGCUGGAUGGGUCUUUGCACAGGAGAACUAUCUAGGUCAGAAAACCUUGCAGACGAUAGCAAGCUUGAAGCAUCAGUUUGCUGAACUGCUAUCAAGCAUAGGGUUCAUACCAGGAAAUGUAAAAAUGCGGGAUUUUGAUCGAGCUGCCCGGGGCAAGGGUGGCGCAGACGCAGUAGUGGCUCUAACCGGUCCAGAGAUUAAUAUGUUCAACGAGAAUUACAGAGUUGUAGCAGCAGUUUUAUCAGCUGCUCUUUAUCCUAAUAUAAUUAAAGUUCUAACUCCUGAAGUCAAGUACAAACAAACCGCAACAGGUAUUUUCCUUAAAGAUAUUAUAAUCAAUCAUGAUUAUAUUUAUUAUUAUUAUCAUUCAAAUAAAAUAAUUGCUAUCAUAUUUUGUCUACAGCAACAAAUUUUAAAGACCCUCUUUAUUUAACCCUAUUCCUGCUGGGAUUUGAUUUGAUUUGAUUUGAUUUGAUUUGAUUUGAAGGUGAAGACAAGUCGACUGUUUGUCCGUGAGGUGAGCAUGGUUCCAAUGAUACCGAUGGUUCUGUUUGGCGGAACAGGUCUAGAGAUAUCCCGGGAGCGUGGAGAAUACGUCCUUGGACUGGAGCGAGGCUGGAUCAAGUUUGUUUGUGACACACAACAGAUUGCUGAGAUUCUUAAGGAGCUAAGAGUAGAGCUGGAGAGACUGCUGGAGGAUAAAAUCCUAGAACCAGAGAGGAAUCUGAUCACGGAUAGCAGGGAUAAUAUUCUAAUCAAUACCAUCAUCAAGAUUAUAUCAUGAUUAAACAAACAAAAUACAUAUUUUUUACUUUCAUCACGUAUUAUGUUUCUUAACUAUUAUAUUAGGAACUAUGUACUUUUAUUAUGAUUUUUUACAAUUGUUAAUACAUUUUUUUAAGUUGUU